CGUGCGCGGCGGGCUGCGGAGCGGGGCCGCGGCCAUGGGGAAAGUUCAGGAGUUGUCGGUAACGCUGAGGAACAACAAAGUGGUUUAUGGCCCCGGGGAGAUGGUGUCGGGGGAGGUGAGGAUCCGGCUGGCCGCCCACCUCAACUUCAAAGCUGUGAAAGUAAACUGCAUUGGAUCGUGUGGGGUUGCCAACAAAGCAAAUGAUACAGCCUGGCAGGUGGAAGAGCAGUACUUCAGCAGCACACUCAGUGUUGCCGAGAAGGGAUCCCUGAUAGCUGGAGAAUAUACUUACCCGUUCCAAUUUCUUCUAUCAGCAACGAUUCCUACUUCAUUUGAAGGUCCCUUUGGGAAGAUAAGCUAUCGCAUCAGGGCUACAAUAGAAACUACCCGAUUCUCUAAAGAUUAUAAAACUGAGAAGGUGUUUUACAUUCUUAACCUGCUCAAUCUGAAUGAGAUCAAUGAUAUUGAGCAACCAAAUAUUGCAACCGUGACCAAGAAGUUUAGCUACCUGAUUGUGAAAAGUGGGAUUAUCACUUUAACAGUGAGCACUGAUCUUAAAGGAUACACUUCAGGACAGAUCAUCCAUCUUACUACAGAUAUCCAAAACAAAUCUGGGAAGGAUAUAGGGAAUAUUGUCGCCAGUCUCAUUCAGAAAGUUACCUAUAAAUCAAAGCGAAUAAUCUAUGACCUGCGGGCAAUUGCAGAGGUUGAAGGGUCAGGAGUAAAGUCUUGGAAACAAGCAGAAUGGAAGGAGCAGAUCAUCGUGCCGCCCUUACCUCAGUCAUCUCUGCAUGGUUGUAAUUUAAUACAAGUGGAUUAUUUCAUUCAGGUUUCUGUCCGAUCACCAGAGGUUUUAGUCAGCUUGCCCAUUUAUAUUGGAAACAUUGCAAUUAAUAGUCCACCACUGACACCAUCCAGGCAGCCCCAGCUUCCAGUGGCAGUGAUACCCACAGCUCCUCCAGCUGAGGAAGUUGGGGCAACAGGUUACCAGCCCAUGGAUAGCAUCAUCCUUCCAACCAAAAGCCAUUCUCAGCAGCAGACUUUGUCACCUCAAGCUUUGAGCUACACGUCAGGCUUUGAAAGUGAUGCCAGUGCACAGGUCCCUGUUCCUAGGCUUUGUAUUUCAACUGGUGCUACAGUCCCAUACUAUGCAGAUGGACCUGUUGUUGCAGAUCUCACCGAAAACCCUCUGAUUUUACCUCCUGAGUAUAGUAUGUGGGCCCAGCCGUUUGAGCCUCCCCCCACAUAUGAAGAGAGUUGCAGCAGUGCUAAUUCCAGCAUGAGUGCAGGAAACUAAUCUGCAACAGACUUCAAAAGGUGUACUGCUGUUUGCGUACAGAAAUGCCUUUUAGUGACGUUUUACAGAAAAGCACAACCUGACUUUACUGAUGCACCACUGCAAAUGCAUUGUUAGUUAGAUGCAUUAUCAACACUCUCAGAUAUUUCUCCAGCUUUGAGUGCUAUGUGCAAUGUCUGCCUACUUACUGUUCCCUUGCUGGAAGCACAAACUAUUUUGCUGUAAUAAUCUGUGUUCUUUCCUUAUGAGUAUUUUUGGGAUGAAGAGCAUUGAAGGGUUAAAAUAUAAAUAUUAAAAGCCUCCAGUUUCAUGUAUAUAAAUAAAUAUAAUUGUACUUUUGCUGAACAGCUCCACCUUAUUAUAGGCUGUUUAUUUAAUCAGUCUAGUUAUAAAGAGUAAGCUGAAAAUUAUAGACAACCCUGAGCCUUAAGAACCAUGAAGAAGUGAUGAUGCUUGCUCCUUUAACUUGCUUGUUUGGGUGAAGGGAUAUCUGUGAUUAUAGGUGGACUGUAUGCAAUAGGAAUUCAAUUCCAAUUCUGAUCAAGUUUGAGCCUUCUUUUAUACUUAUCUGUGUAGUGGGUUAUUUACACCAUACGCUGUAACAACUGAGCUGAUGUAUGCUGGCCUUUUGGAAGGACCAGUACUAACCAAAAUGCAUUAACGAUCCUUUCAUCUUGAAGUGUUACGUUGCACCGUUUGAAUAUUUUCUGAAAGAGAGAGAGAGAGAUCCAUAUAUUCUGUAUUUAUAUAGUGUACGUCUGCUAAGUUGUAGUAUCAUCUUUAAACUAGCACGUAAAAAUGGCAAGUUCAGAAUUCUGCAUGAAUAAUUUCAUUAUUAUAACUUGAGCCUUAUUGAAGUCCGUUGAAAGCCAAACCACUCACUGGAAUGUUUACUUAAAACAUCUUUUUUAACUACUGUAUUUGUAACCUUCAGGAUUUUUUAUGUGCACAAUUUGAAGAAGUGCUAUGUAACAUUUAACCUCUUAAGCACAGGUUUAGUACUGAAAUAUAUUUUAGUGGUUGAACCAAGAAACCUGCAGUCUGUUGCAAGUCACCUGUAGGUAAAUGGUUUCUCUGGAAAUAAAUUUCCCUUUUACUAACAGCUAAAAAAUGAGACUGUGCACUUAGAUACAGGGAGCCUAGGAGCAUUUAAACUUAAUUUUUCACAUUGAUGCAUAGAGUUUGAAUUUACAUAAUGUUGCUUUUUGAAUAAAUUCCUUAUGCAAGCUCUUGGUCAGCUCGUGUGGUGCAGUACCACCAUGAGUACUGGCUGGCUGCUUUUCCUUCAGGGCAAAGCUUCCAUCAGUACUUUGGAGAACAUUUACAGAAGGGCAUAGAUUUAUGAAAGGGAUGGAUUGGGAGGAAGUUUGACUCUGGCAGAAAUUACUGGGUAUCACUCUUGAAGAGGAUUCAACAAGUGAUGUAGGGACAUUGCUGAAUCUGAAAAUAAUUACUUUUAUUUGCUAGCACCACAUUGUCCUAUUAUUGAACUUAGUUCAAGGUACAUUCAUUGCUAGAUUCUUAUGGAGUAAAGUACAAUAUAAUGUCUUGAAACUGGUGAUGCUGGUGGUCAAGCUCACUCUCAUUUUGCUGCUAUUCAUAUGUGACAGAUGGGAUCUGAAUUUAUUCUAGUGACAGUUUUGUUAAAACAGAUUUGUUCACUGAAGAGUAUUUUCCUUUGCAAGGCUGAAAAUGAGGCUGAACUAAUUUUAAUCUUUCACUAUUAUAAUAUGUAUUUUUAACUUGAUUUGCUUACAUUUUGUAAGAAAAAAAUGAAGGGAACUAUGACUUUUUAUCAACUAUUUGUUACUGUUGGCCCAUAAUUUCCAACUUUCAUGACCUUGUUUCAUAUAUUUGAUUCUAUUGUAUAUAUGUAUUCUCUUAUCUAUAUAUAGGUACAAAUUAUAAAUAUUUUUAACUAAUUCCAAAGUUGCUGCAGUACAUGCGUCAGGUGGAAUUUGUAGAGCAUAUAUUGAAUUCCAUGGAUGAUGAUAGAAAUCUGUGAAACACAUUGCUCCUCUGAUUUUUUUCCGUAUCCCACCUCUCCUCACAAGCACCAUAUCUAAAUAGUAAAUAAGCGAAGCUUUCACACAUAUGCAGUGUGUUAGGAAUUGUCCAGGUUAUGGAAAAGGGACAGUGUUUCACAAAAUUCAUCUUACUGUCCAAUUAUUCCUUUUGCAGAUUGCACUAAUGUGGGCACUACAGCCUGAUUAAAAGAUGUAUUUUGGGAAUUUGGGGAAGAAGGGAAGGGUAUUGCUGUCCAAUGUGCCGUGGAAUAACUGGAUGGAAACUUGAGCUCUGCAGUAGAGCUGCACAAGUUGUUGAGUGGCACAGAGUCAUUGGUCUGUGGUCGACAAGGAAGGGAAGCAAAUCGAGUGGAGGUACAGUAGUGAGGGAAUGUGCAGUGGCAUCCUGUACUCUUCCUAACAGCUUUGCUGCUGCUUUAAUACAUGUUCAGCUUUACCACAGAUGGUGCCCAAGUAGAGUAACCCAAGAGCAGACAAAAUGCAGGAAAUUUAUCACCCUCUCUUACAGGUCACUAUAUGUUUUGUUAAAUGUGCUCUGCAAAAAUGAACUAAUCAUUUGGUAGCUGCUUCCUGCUCAUCUGAUCUAGAAUUACUGGAAAAUGUUUAUAUUUUAAAGCAGAUUUUAUUAGGAAAAACUCAGGACUUGCAGAUCUCACCAUAAACUGUAGAAAACAAAAUAUUGCAAAACUCCACUGGCUUUCCCUUGACCAUCCAAAGGAGCUGAACUGUCAUGUACCUGCUGUGAUGUGUAAACUGUUCCUGACUUGAAUAUUUGACUUGAAGGGUUGAAAAUAAAGGUCACGUAUACUAAAUGUGGCUAACUUAGGGGAAGACUUUCUUACUUUAAAUCGUAACAAUGUGUUUCUUAAUAAAGACCAAAGGUGUCCAAAGCACUUCGUGUUUUUAUAACAGUCGACCACUGUAUUCUCUCGCGGUCUCUAGCCUAGAGAAAUGAGAGGGAACUGUGAGCUAAUGUGUAGCCAUAGUCAUCAGAGGUGUACAGCACAGAAACUGGGCCUUUGGCCCAUCAUGUUCAUGCCAAUCUUUCUGCCCACCUUCACUAUUCCCAUUGGGACUGUCUCCGUCUAUACCUUGCCUAUUUAAGUGCCUGUGUGAAUGCCUCUUAAAUGUAGUGAUUGUAUCCAACUGCACCACCCCCAGAAGUGAGUUCUGGGUAUCAACCACUCUGUUUCUUAAAGACUUUCCCCUCAGAUCCGCUUUGAAACUCCUUCCUCUCAACCUCUGCCCUCGUGUUUUUGAUAUCCCCUACCAUGGGGAAAAAAUGACCAACUACCUUGUAUCUGUCAUAAGUUUAUAUUCUGUGGUCUGGUCACCCCUCAGCCUCCAUCACUCCAGGGAAAACAAGCCCAGCCUGUCCAGUCUCUCCCCAUAACUAAAGUUCUCCAGUCCAGGCGAAUCUCCUCUGCAUCCUCUCUAGCGCAGCCACAUCCUUCCUACAGUGUGGUGACCAGAACUGCACACAGCACUCCGCUCAUACAGCAUAGAAACAGACCCUUCAGCCCAUCAUGUCUAUGACAACUAUUAAGUACCCACCUAUGAUUUGGUGAUUCAAGUGCAUUCCAGAUUGCAACCAGCCUCCCGGUGAAAAAAUUCUUCCUCUGAUCUCUAAACCUCUUACUCCUCACCUUAAACAUUUGCACUCUGGUCUUGGACACCUGCCUUUAGGAAAUGUUUCUUGCUGUCUACCUUUAUCUAUGCCCCUCAUAAUGUGGUACACUUCUGUCAUGUCCCCCUCAACCUUCACUGCUCCAAGGAAAACAAACCCAGUCCCUCCAUAAAGGAAAUAUCCCAUCUCCGGCAACAUCCUGGUAAAUCUCCUCUGCAAUCUCUCCAGAGCAAUCGCAUCCUUCUUAUAGUGUGGCGAUCAGAACUGCACACAAUAUUCCAUCUGUAGCUUAACUAAUCUUUUAUGAUGUUGUACCUAGUCAUUCCUGCUCUUAUAACCUCUGGGCUGGCUGAUGGAGGCAAGCAUCCUGUAAGCCCCUUCAUCGCCCUAUCUAUCUGUGCUGCCACCUUCAAAGAUCUUUGGACUUGCACACCAAGGUUAGUAUGUUUCUCAAUUCUGUCUCGGGCCCUAGCAAUCAUGGUAUAUGCCUUACCCUUAUUAGAGUCUCCCUCCACCCCCCCCCCCCCCCCCAAAACUCUAUCCCCUCAAGCAUAUCAGGAUUAAAUUCCAUCUGCCAUUUCUCUGCCAGUUUAUCAUCUGAUCAAUAUCCUGCUGUGGCCUCAGACUACACUCCUCAAACCGACAUCACCAAUUUUCAUGUCAUCUGCAAACUUACUAAUUAUACCUCCUACAUUCACAUCUAAGUUGUUAAUGUGCAUAACAGCAAGUGUCGGUACUGGGUAACUUGAAGUUAGGAUCACCCUCGAAGUAAUGUAAGAGAACCUUUUCUGCUAGGGCUGCCUUCUACAUAGAACAGUAGCUAUUGCAAUCAAAAAUCCUUCAAGGAGUUCAAGAAAGGUAGAAACUAGCCACCUGAUGGAUACUUGCUGAUCAACUGCUUCAAGUAUCUUUAGUGAAUGAAAGAGUUAAAGGUAGAAUUACCCACCUGUUACUCAGCCGUCACCCCGUUCACUGAAGCCCCCUUGCUCACCAAAACCUGCACCGAGACUGCUCCACUCCGGGGUCAGCUGUGCAAAAUAGAAAAUAGCAUUUUCUGAAACCUCGCCAAUCUAAGAGUAUGUCCAAUUGGAUUUUAAAAUGUUACUCAAUUAUAUAUUGGCUAAUUGAACAUGGCAUAAAAGUUGCUCUUGGACUUUCUCAUCCAGUGCCAGAUAGAAGAACUUGGCAAGCUGGAGACAUUACAAACAAUUGAUUAAUAGCUUCUUACUACUACUGCAAUCAUAGAACAUAGAACAAUUACAGCACAAUUCAGGCCCUUCAGCCCACAAAGCUGUGCCGAACAUGUCCCAACCCUAGAAAUUACUAGGCUUACCCAUAGCCCUCUAUUUUACUCAGCUCCAUGUACCUAUCUAACAGUCUCUUGAAAGACCCUAUCGUAUCCGCCUCCACCACCAUUUCCGGCAGCCCAUUCCACUCACUCACCACUCUCUGAGUAAAAAAACUUACCCCUGACAUCUCCUCUAUAUCUACUCCCCAGCACCUUAAACUUAUGUCCUCUUGUGGCCACCAAUUCAGCCCUGGGGAAAAGCCUCUGACUAUCUACCCUAUCAAUACCUCUCAUCAUCUUGUACACCUCUAUCAGGUCCCCUUCAUCCUCCAUCUCUCCAAGGAGAAAAGGCCAAGUUCCCUCAACCUGCUUUCAUAAGGCAAUCUCCGCAUUCCAGGCAGCAUCCUUGUAAAUCUCCUCUGCACCCUCUCUAUGGCUUCCACAUCUUUCUUGUAGUUAGGCAACCAGAACUGAGCACAAUACUCCAAGUGGGGUCUGACCAGGGACCUAUAUAGCUGCAACAAUACCUCCCAGCUCCUAAAUUCAAUAUAAAGAUCAGGAGAAGUCUACAGGUAAUUUUGCAUUCCACCUUGCCAAGGUAUUGUGUGCUGCAUUGGAGGAAAAUCUGCCGGAAAAUGUUUCUCCCUUUGGGCUCAAGUCCAUUGGCAGAAUAGUGUGUGUAGUCCCGUUCAUGUCUGGAAAAUUAAAGCAUUUGUAUGGGAGAGGAAGGAGAUGAAGUAGCUCUUGUGUUGAUGUAUUCCACAGUUGGAAAGUGUGGGCUGCUAAAGUAUGUUGGAAAGUUGCACCAGUCAUUUAAAAAAGGAGAAAUUCAUACUCCAAGCUGUUUUCCUGCACUCUAACCAAAGGGAUUAUAGUUUAAAAUGUUGUCAGUAUUGUGUGCCUUUUUAUACUACUUAGGAUAGCAAUAGAAGCAUUCCUCUUGUGUUUAUGCUGCCUCAUUAGGAACUAAAAUCCAGUGAAAAUUCUAGUCAUUUAUAUCUUAUCUCAGUACAUUACUUGGUCUUUUUUUCUUUGUUACAACUUGGGAAAGCUAUUCUCUCCCCACUAUCUUCAUUCCUGUUAUGGUAUUAACUUUGAAUUUUAAUCAUGUUUUAUCAACUUUAGUCUUAUGCACUGGAGUAAAUUAUUGCCUUAGUCACAUAAUGUAAUUUGAUCCAUCCAUGGGAUUAACAAAUUAGAACAUGCAAGUCCACUCAAAGUAGAUAUGAUCAUGAAGCAAACCAACCACAUUUUAACCAGGAUGCAAUUCACAGAACUAUGGAUUGUGUUGGAAAUUGAAUGAGAUAAAUAUAAAGCAAAAAAAUUGUUCAGACUAAUUCCUCAAUAGUAAAAUUACUAACAAGUAGAAAUCCUCCUUGAGUGUUUAAGAUAAAAUUACUUCUGUAAUUGUUGGCUUAACAUUUUUGUCAAUUACAACCACAUUUUUAAACUUAUUCAGCAUGCAUUUCCUGAGUUUGAUUUAGAGCACCUUUUUUGUUUUCAGAAUCAAACUUUAUAAUCACAGCAUGUUUUUUAUUAUAAUUAGUAUUUCCAAAGUACUUUUGCACAAGCAGUUUUCUGAGUGUGCAGGGGCAUGAAUAGUUGUUUCCCAGAAAUAGAACAACUUAUUCCAACUCAUAACAGCACAAGCUCCUGUAUGUCACUUUGUCCCAAUGAAUGAACUCUGGAAUUUUUUGCUCAUUUUCUUUCCCACCUUAUGAUGUCCGGAAUGUUCGUUUCUCACCAUCGUGUCAAUUAAAGUAGCUGAAGUUUUGAAAAAUCUAAUGUUUAAAUGUUUUCAGUAAUGCCCCCCCCCUCACAGUUUUAUAUUAUUUUCCUGAAAAUAGGACUGGAUUUACACAGGACUCAUUCCAGUACAACAGUUUUUAUACGGUGUUGAGAAGGGAAAUGGCUUUAAACAGUGCUGAAGCACACUUUGAGCUCAUAGCUUUAUGAACUUGCCUUUCACCUUUUCCUGUGGUAAUUAUUCUCAUUUUGAACUCUUCAUAGAAUGCAUUGAUGUCAUAUUUUUCCCCUGCAAUGUUUUUGUAAUAAACAAAUAUUGAUGCACUUUAGUGUUUUAGAAUUUCAUGUAAUUGUUUGAAAAUGUAAAUUGAAUAAUCAAGCACCAUACUAAUAAAUUUUUUAAAGUAA